UCCCAUUUUUGUUCAGAGUUCAGAGUCCUACUUCCGAAUAAACACUAAACAUAAUAAAAAAUUUCCGUUGCUUAAAAUUUUAUCUUUAUCUUUAAAUUUUCAGUGUGCAAAAACAUUUGAAAACGAUGGCACUAGACCAGCAACGGGUUGAGGGAGUGACAAGAGUCGAACCGGAGACGCCUCUGUCAGAGAAAGAGAAGAAAGAGCAACGGGCCCGACUGAUCAAGGCCCUGGGACGAUUCAGGCCAAGCGAUGCGACUCCCCUGCAGUUUUACAAUUGUGUCCGGGAGAUGUGCAUCAUGCACAAUUGCAGCAUUGACGAGGGCCUCGAACGGGCGGCCAUCGGUUGGCCCAAACUAAGCAUUAGACAGCGGCAGCUUUACAAUUCGCAACGCCAUGCGGAGCUGCCCAUUCCAGUGCCGCGUCACCUCAUCUACAGUGCCUUCGAAAAGGAACGAAACGGUCUUUGGACCUUGGGCCGCUCCUCGGCGAGCAACACCGGACAGACAAUGUACACAGUGGAGGCAUACAAGCCACCGCGGAAACUAUCCCGGAUGAGGUCCCAACUGAACGCCAAGAAACCCAUUUACGACAAUUUGCGGAGUGUAUCGCCAAGGAGUGCCGCCACCCAAAGUCCUCCGUCAAAGAAGGCUGUGUGGGUGUCGCCAGCCUCUGGCCGCAGGAUCCGGUCUCUGACGCCGACGCCAGUGCGAAAACUUCCGAUAAAAGGGUCAAAGGGAUCCGAAAGUCGCAGCCCGGAUAAUAAACAGAGAAAACGCAGACUAGGCAAGAAAAGGAAUCGAAAAAGUGGAACGAUAAGCCCCAAAAGCUGGUCUGGUUCAAACUCUCCCUCAGGAUCCACAUCCAGGUUCGGCUCCGGAUAUGAAACACGUUUCGGGUCGGCUGGUAGUGGCAGUAUUGGCACCACAGCUCAAAAACUCUCAAGCAAACAGAAGAAAAAGGUCAAAUCAAAGAAGAUUGCCAAAAAAUCGAUCAAGUCAGGUCCGCAAACCAAUUGGGAACGAGCCAUUUGUACCGUUCAACAGUAUCUGAUGGAGCAAGCCCAUAGAUCUCAUUGGGACAAAAUGUUGGUCUCACGUCGAGUGGAUGCUCCCCCAUGAUAAUCGUAAUUCUGUCGGAAAACUGUCGAUUGAGUUGGAUAAUUCCUGCAGCUGUUCAAUCACUGGACGAAUUUGUGGUUCAUUCAUUGCCUCAUUGUUGUUCCAUGCCCGAACUCUAUCGUGAAGGAACUUUAAUUCGUCUUGCAUAAUGGUCAUCCUCUCGUUUGCUUCCUCCAACUUUUUAGUCAAGCAUUUCUCAGUCAUUUUGUACUUCAUCUGCAACCAGCGGAGCAACGCGAUUUCAGUGACAAGAUUUGCAUUAUUCGUUCUUAGAUGGUUAAUAACAUCCUCCUCGUCCGACAGUCGAUCCGCAGCUCCCCCAGGGCGGCAUUGAGGUCUGUCUUUCUCUGGGCUUGUAGCUCGUCAUGCUCCCUCUUACGCAUUACCACUUCGUUCAGCGACUUUUCCCUGCCUUCGGUCAGACUGGACUGUUCAAAAUACGAUAUAUACUGUUACAAGCACUAAAAAUACUAGGGAAUCUACCAAAAAUUAAAUCGAAAUUGCAAUAAAAGCUUUAAGAAAUACCAUCAAAAAUA